AUGGCAAACCACACUUCCAAGAUGAUGGCAGGGUUUCGCUCUCAGCCCUACAGUCCAGUACCCACGACUCAGGAUCCCUCAACCCCUACAGCGGAAAAACUCCUUGCGUCUCAAACGACAACGCCCAUUCAUUCAGAACUAAAGAAGAGCUCCUCACAAUCAUGGUCCGCUGCACAAAUCCUACUGACCGCAGCGAUUCCACUGGUCGCCCUUGUCGUAUGGCUUGUAUGCGUCCGAGCGAAUCCGCGAAUUUUCGAUACGUUUGCGGGCGAGAAGAUUGGGGGCCACCUUAGCCAAGCAGAGGCAAAAGCAGUCGAUGCCAUCACAGGAGCUGUACUGGCGCCUUUACUCAUGGCAACUCUGAAUUUUGUCUGGUUUGGCAGUGCACGCGUGUCGGCCUUGAACGAACAGCAAGCGAAGCCAAUUCCCCUUCGUACGCUGGUUGCCGCCAGCGGUACAACAGGCGGGAACUAUGACCUUUUCAAUCUCCGCAAUCUACUCAUGGGCAAGACUUGGACACUUGGACUCUUUGCGCUGCUAACGAUGCUCUCUGCUGUUUCGAGAACAGCACUGAGCAAUGUUAUUGCGUACGAGGCAUUUUCUGAACUCGGCUCUUCACAGACGUCUGUUCCACUAAGGCUGCAAAGUGACGUUACCAUCAACCAAGAUUACGACGGUAUAGUGUCAGGGGCCGACAUCGUCUCAUUGGAUUUGUACGAUUUCGACGGUAAUCAGAAUGCCCAAGUCGUCAAGGAUGUGGUGUCCCUCUUAACCGAGAUAUCCUACGACAGUUCCGACUCAAAACUGACCAAUGGUACAUAUGUAGCCGUGAACGUAACAUCGCAAUCGCUAGAGUCUCUGCCGCCGGCUAUUUCCAGGCUCGAAAACGUACCGGCCUAUCGACUGUCGGUCAAUUGUAGCCCGGCUCUGCCAGAAUCAAUAUCAGUAGAUCAACCACUAAAUUUUUACAACACGAUGAUCAACUUGAUUAUCAACAAAACUGCAGAGUCGGAUAAUUACUUAUUUGAAGCAUUCUACCCGGGUACACCUGAAAACAUUCAAAAGGGAGAAGGCGACAGCCUCACAUACGCCGCAUUUACUCUGGGUUUCAAAGAGGCAUAUCUAGGCUCCCUAAGGCGUUUCGACUUGUCCAAUGAUACGGAACCGUCGGCAUACGGCACACUCCAUUACCGUGCCUACAACAUGACUCAAUGGGGCUUCAGUGGAACAAUGGGACUCAUGUCUGCCUGCGGGUUGCGGUGUGUGCUGUACCGCGAACACGGCGUCGCCAACACAAGUCGCAGUUCGGACAACACCUCCAGCACCGCCGUAUGGACCAUUGACGCCGCCACGUUUCCCUCGCAAAAGAAACAAAUCAUCCCCUCCCAGCUCUCCAAAUUCCAAUACAACAGCCUCAACUUCCACGUCCCGGGCUCGUCCAUCCCCGGUCUCGGUCCCGCCCUGUCCAACAUGUACGCUGUAACGACCCAAGACUUCUUUACCGACUUCGCACACACCUUCCUCUACGCCUCGGGUGAGACGCAGCGUAUCCUCUACGAGGUUGCUGCAUCCAGCAAGAACGCUUCGCGCAACAUCCCCCAGUACACCAUCCACGUCCCGGCAUACGCAAUGCAACUACAGUACCGCAUCACAUACGUACCCAGUAUCCUCCUGGUCGGUUUAAUCUGCCUGCUGGGUGCAAGCGCAGUAACCGGCACCAUGGCCUUAUCCGCGAGGAAGUCCCUCUCAGCGCGAGCCCAGCGCGAGGUCAACGUCACGAGACUUUUGCUGGACAGCGUAGUCGGGUUGGAGGCGGAUGCAGAUGAACUGGCAAAAGUGGCGCAGAGAGGCAACGACGAAUUAGACGCUUGGGCGGCGGGGUACAAGGUGAAAUAUAGAAUCACGGAUGAUGAUACGGGUGAUAUUAGAAAGAGUGUGGUGGGAUUCUACACGUGGCAUAGGUGGAGUAUAUAG